GCGUUGGGAGGCCUGUCCUACCAGGAUCUGUAUCAACGUAUCCUCUCUGCAGCAUCGUCCGCUCAGGCUCAGGACACCUGCUUCGCUGCAGCCGGAUUAGUCUUCAUCACGGGAGUACCCUCGGUCAUCAUAGGAGCAGUGGCAGCCUCCACAGGUGCACAGACAGCCAGACAGACAGUCAGGCAGCCAGUCAACCAGCUGGUCGGUCAGUCAGUCAACCAGCUAGGCGGUCAGUCAGUCAGUCAACCAGCUAGGCGGUCAGUCAGUCAACCAGCCAGUCAGUCAGUCAGUCAGUCAGUCAGACAGUCAAUCAGUAAGUCAGUCAACUAGUCAGUCCGUCAAUCAGUCAACCAGCCAGUCAGUCAGUCAGCCAGUCAACCAGCUAGUCAAUCAGUCAGUAUGUCAGUCAGUCAGUCAGUCAGCUAGCCAACCAGUCAGUCACUCCUCCCCUCCAUCCCCUUUCCUGACUGAACCCUCUCUUUACCCCUUCCUCUCUCUCCCUUCUCUCCCCCCUACAGACUGGAACCAGACGGCGUACGGCCUGCCCGCUCCGUUUGCCCGUGGGGAGGCAGGGAAGGUGCUGCCUCUGGCCCUGCAGUACCUCACCCCUCCCUGGGUGUCUGUGGUGGGCAUCGGGGCUGUGGCUGCAGCCGUCAUGUCCUCCAUGGACUCUGUCCUCCUCUCCUCUGCAUCCAUGUUUUCUCACAACAUCUACAAGAGCACUCUCAGGGCACAGGUGUGUGUUUGUGUGUGUUUGUGUGUGUUUGUGUGUGUUUGUGUGUGUAUGUGUGUGCAGGGGCUUUCAAUUGACUUAAAGUAUGAAGAAUUUCCUUCUGAAAAUUGCUGUUAUGUCAAUCAAGAAAAGUAUACAAGUCCUCUCUCUCUCUCUCUCUCUCGUAUAUCUCUCUUCUCUCUCUACGUCUCGCUAUCUCUAUCUAUCGACUCCUAUCUUAUAUCUCUCUCUCUCGCUCUCUCAGUCUACUCUCUCUCUCUCUCCUCUCUCUCAUCCUCUCUCUCUCCUCUCUCUCUCUCUCUCUCUCUCUCUCUCUCUCAGGCGUCAGACAGGGAGUGUGUGUGGGUGAUCCGGGUCAGUGUGUUGCUGGUGGGUUUGGCUGGUACAGGCCUGGCGUUCGCUGAGGACAGUGUGUUUGCCUUCUGGCUGAUGAGUGGAGACCUCAUCUCUACUGUGUGAUCUUCCCCCAGCUUAUCUGUGUUCUUCACUGCCGCUGUGCUAAUGGCUACGGUGCUACUGCUGGUUACCUUGUGGCAGUCACUCUGAGGCUGCUGAGUGGAGAGCCUCUCCUCCGGCUCCCAACGGUCCUCCUGUUCCCUGGUUGGAGGGAGGAGGGGGGAGUCAUCCGCCAGUACUUCCCCUUCAGGACUCUGGUGAUGUUGGUGUCUCUGGUGUGUAUCCCCCAGCCUCCAGCCUGGCCACCCUGGCCUUCAGCCGUCGCCUGCUGCCCCGCUCCUGGGACAUGCUGGCCGCACUGGGGGAGGAGGAGAGGGGGAAGGAUGGAAAAGCUCCUGGCCAGCACCAGCUGCUAGGGACGGCGGGACGGAGGGAGGGG